AUGAUUGCAACUGGCGCAUUAAGCCUCGUAAUAGGAUUGGCCGAUGUUAGAUAUUACUUUCACCUUCAACUAUCACCUCACAUAUCACGGGACCAUCAAUAUUGGCGACUGUUAACAAACCAGCUUGCAUUCACCAACUCAAGCGAGCUCUUGUUGGGCCAGAUAAUACUUUAUAAUGUAGCAGUAGGGAUCGAACGGACGUUUGGGAGCCACAAAUAUUUUUCCUUCCUAAUCGCGGCUGCCUUGGUCUCAACGCUGCUCAACUUUUCCUCCUUGAUUGCGCUUCAUCGAUUCGGGCUCAACUAUAUCCCUGCUGGCCCAAUUGCGAUUUUAUUCGCGAUAAUUUAUCAAUACGAACGUCUGGUGCCAUCAGCAUACAAUUUCCGCAUACUUGGGAUUACCAUGUCCAACAAGGCAUUCACAUAUUUGACCGCAUUUCCAAUGGUUAUAUCGCACAUGCCCGGUAGUGCGCUGGUGACACUGACCGGAAUUGCUACAGGGGCGUUAUACCGUUCGGACAUUACUAAUCUUAAAUCGUACCGGGCUCCUCCUUGGUUUGUAUCGACAAUUUCAUCCCUAGUGGGGGCCUCUCGCGCUCCUCACAUGCCGAGGCGUGCGAUCCCAGGCGAACGUCCACCUUUUUCCACAGAACAAGUGGUGACCCGGAGAAGAGUCAACGAGCCUAGAGAAGAAAGUGACGUCCGUACUGAUGUAAAUACUGCUAACGGAACCGCAAGAGCUGCCACAGGCUCGAGCAGCGGGUCGGUCAUGAGAGAAUGGGUUGAUGAACUGACUGGAAGAAGGGAUGGGGGAAGGGUUCCGACCGCGGCUGAGAUCGCUGAGUUAACUUCUGUGUUUCCUCAUGCCAGUAGAGAGGAGAUAAUCUCUGCACUUCAAAGAAGCCAAAGUGUAGAUCAGGCUGCAAGCAUAUUGUUAACAGGUUCAUCAUAG